CCUCUUCCUCCUCUUCAGUCAACCUACACAUGGGCAACAACCACAGCCAGCAACAGCUCUCGUCACACCGACACCGCUUCUCCCGCAGAGCAAAGGAAGACUCCAGCUACACCGCCAGCUCGUCGAGCUCGUCAACGCGGCAUCCGCACGCAGCAAGCACCGGAGGGCAACAGAGCACUGAGAGUGCGGUGCAAGCAGAAGAAGCAGACAGUCAGGGCCACAAGGGCAGUACAGAGUCUGUGCCCCGGCCGGAAUUGCCGAAUGCGGAUUUGGGCGCCGCCGAAGCCUCAAAACAGCACACAGACAUGCCUACAGUGCCAGCGACGGUUCCUUGUCAGUAUCGAACAGGAAAGACACUUGGCAGUGGUACUUAUGCUAUCGUCAAAGAGGCCGUCCACAUCAAGACUGGGAAGUACUAUGCAUGCAAAGUUAUUAAUAAAAAGUUGAUGGAGGGCCGGGAGUUCAUGGUACGAAAUGAGAUCGCAGUGCUGAAGAGAAUCUCCAGUGGUCACACCAAUGUAGUUACUCUCCACGACUAUUUUGAGACCGCCAACAACCUGUACUUGUGCUUCGACUUGUGCACCGGAGGGGAGCUUUUCGAUCGCAUAUGUGCAAAGGGAAAUUACCACGAACCUGAUGCUGCCGGACUAGUUCGUACCAUCAUGAAGGCCGUCCAGUAUAUCCACGAUAGCGGCAUCGUUCACAGAGACCUGAAGCCCGAGAAUCUUCUGUUCCGUACUCCUGCUGAGGACGCGGAUAUCAUGAUCGCGGACUUUGGUCUCAGUCGCGUCAUGGAGGAGGAGCGCUUUCAGAUGCUAACAGAAAUUUGUGGCACCCCUGGCUACAUGGCUCCCGAAAUCUUCAAAAAAACUGGUCACGGAAAGCCCGUCGAUAUUUGGGCCAUGGGCGUCAUCACAUACUUCCUUUUGGCCGGCUAUACCCCCUUCGAUCGCGAAAACCAGCAGCAAGAGAUGGAAGCCAUCAUUGCUGGUGACUAUAAAUUCGAGCCAGCUGAAUACUGGGCGAACGUAUCGGAUACCGCGAAGGAUUUCGUGGCCGAAUGUCUUACCAUCGACCCAACCUCCCGCCCAACUGCUGCGCAGAUGCUGCAGCACAGGUGGCUGUCGGACGAGCUCCCGCAUUUUGUGCCGGAUCCCACAAGCCCAACAGGAGGACCCACUGACUUGUUACCGCACAUCCAGAAGAAGUUGGAUGCAAGGAGCAAAUUCCGUAAAGUAGUAUUAGGUAUCACAGCGAUGAAGCGUAUGUCUCUCUUGGCCCACCCAUCUCCUGCGGCACGAGAGUUGGAGGCCAAUCUCUUGAAGUAUAAGGAGGAGUCUGAGAAGGAAAACGCCAAUGAGGAUCUGGAAGUCUUGCACCACCACAACCGCGAUUCUGGCGAUUACAAUCCUGAGCUAGUAGCAGAUCGGCUGACGAAGCGCGAGUCGGUUGACAAGCUGAAGAAGACGGACGACAUCUCUUUGACCAACCACAAAGACGGGCAGCCACUUGCGAAGGCGAUGGAAGGCCUCUCCGUGGACGACACUACGCCGAAUUAGGUGUAGACGAGACUGCACGAUCAGAAUUGUCAAGUUAUCCAUGUUAAGGAUGAGGAAGAUGUGCGUGCGUCGGAGGACGCAUAUCACGUCCGGAGGUUCCCCAGAUGAUCUAGCUGGAUUAGGGGCUCGGGGAGGUUAAUGGUGCUCGCUUCACGUCGCCACUGACGAUUGUAGUUCUAGUCUAAGAAUCUCAUUAGUACCCUUCAUCAUUGGUUUGUCUGCUGCUCCGCGUUUGCCUUGUAUUCGUUAAACGAUGAAAUGGAAAUGAAAUGACAGCAUGCUGUUUGCAUCUCGG